CGCAGAUCUGCCUCCAUUUUGUGUCGGUCGACCCGUUUCCGGGUUUCUGGGAAGAAGAGGCAGAUAAAACCGUGAGAACGGGGAGUAACGUUAUGGCUCUGCUCGCAGGUCAAGAGUGCGGGCAAAGUUUUCCGUAGCUACCUGAAACUACAGAAAGUGACUCUUAAACGCGGCCAGCAGUUUAUUUAAUACUCUGAACUGUUGUUAACUGGACCCACAGGCAGCCGGACUGCGCUGACACUGACAGCUGGAAAGUAAACAGCUCGAUGCUAACAGCUAGCCGCAGUUAGCUCCUCUCCAACCGCCGCUAGCUGAAGCUGCUAACCCGUCGACAGCAAGCUAACGUUAGCCGGGCUAACCUGCGAGUGCUUGCGGUUACAUCACCAGCACCCCACUCCCAUCCUAAUUUCUGUUCUGUCCAGACGAAGGAUUGCCACAACAGCACUUUCCAUUCAUGUUGUUUUUGAGGACGAGACUACCAGACCUCCUCUUCUUCGAGCCAGGGAGCCAGUGUGUGUCAUCCCAGCUGAGACGGUGAAGUCACCGGUCCUUACCCCACACAGAGAGGUGCCAACAGAGGGACAGGAUGCCUAUUCCUCCCCCUCCCCCUCCUCCCCCAGGACCCCCGCCUCCCCCCACCUUCCAUCAGGCGAACACGACUCCUCCCAAACUGAGCUCCUCCGAGACUAAAGGCAGGGGAGCACUGCUGUCGGACAUCUGCAAAGGCGCCAAGCUAAAGAAGGUCACUGCGAUCAAUGACCGGAGCAGUCCGAUUAUAGAGAAAUCAGGAGGAGGAGGAGGAGGAGGCGGCGGCGGCGGCGGCGGCGGCGGCGGCGGAGGUGGUGGUGGUGGAGGUUUUGGAGGCGGAGGGCCAAUGGGAAUGGGAGGCCUUUUCCAAGGAGGUGUGCCAAAAUUACGCCCAGUUGGAGAUGGUGUAGCCGGGUCGGUGGGCAGAUCCGCCUUGAGGCCCCCAGGGUCCCGGCCUGCGGCCCCUCGCCCCCCCACAGGGCGCUCCUCUUCACCCACCCCGCCCAACAAGCCCUCUCCUCCAGAGCACCAGCGCUCCCACCGCCCCUCGCUCCCUGACAUCUCCCGCCCCCCCAGCAGCAACAGCAGCAGCUCCUCCACAGGCAGCGGGAUGAAGCACAGCACCUCCGCCCCACCUCCUCCUCCACCUUUCAACAGAGGUGGCCGUGGCAACGCUCCACCUACCCCCAAUCAGAAAGCACCUGCUCUACCUUCCUCAUCUUCCUCUCACAGCAGAGAGAAGCCCCUCCCACCGACACCCAACAGAGGCCCCACCUCUCCCAGCUCCGCGAAGCCGCCUCCGUCUUCCAGCAGACCCCCCACCGGUGGCUCCUCCGCUCCUCCACCCCCACCUCCUUACAGACCUUUUGGAUCAGGUGGCGUCUCCAAUGGGCCGUCUCAAGUAGAUGGGGGCGGAGCUCCGGAGCUACCACAGAGACACAACUCCCUGCACAAAAAACACUCAUCAGGCAGCCAAGGACGCAGCCAGGCUCCUCCCCCGCCUCCUUCACCGUCUCCAUCCUCCCAGCAGGGCAGCAGACCACCACCUCCUGUCAGAGAGCCACCUGGGCGCAGAGCAGCUCCCCAGAUGCCCCCUCCUGGGUCCCGAAAUGGCAGUCGGGACGCCCCUCCUCCCCCGCCCCCAUACCGUGUUCACAGCUCUGUGACCUCAGAGACCCAAAGCCGAGUGAGCAAACCACCUCCGCCUCCCUCCUCUUCCUCCUCCUCAACAUCCUCCACCUCCUCCCGAACCCCAGCUGGACCUCCUCCACCGCCCCCGCCAGUCCGGAACGGACACUCCCAUGUCUCCUCCUCCAAGCCUGUCAUAGAUGAUUUUGAAUCCAAGUUCAACUUCCACCCUAUUGAGGACCUUCCACCACCAGAGGAGUACAGGCAUUUCAGCAAGGUCUACCCCAGCAAGGCCAACAAGGGUACUGCAGGACCCCCUUCCAUGAACAGAGGAGCUCCUCCAGCACCGCCGGCAAACACCAGACCCCAGCUCAGGACAUGAACUGUCAGUCAGCCGACUCGGUGAACAGCUGGGAGGGAGGGGGUGGAGAAACACUCAAAUCACACUAAAACACACACACACUUAACACUAAACCACCAGCUGGAAGCACAGCGGCACUACGACGGCACACAGGUUUCACACUACUCGCCGCUCACCUUUUUGGUCUUUGCACGAGAGAACAAAAACCACUCGUAGACGAGAAACGGACUCGACCUUUUUCCUGACUGCGACCAGCUCUGCUGACUGAACGCAGAGGCUUCUGUUUGACACGACAUAUCAGGACCAAACACUUCCAAAACUGUGCAUUCCACCUUUUUUUUUUUCUUUAUGCAUAUUCCCGAUAAUAAUGGUGAUCUUAUUUUGUUUAAUUUUUAUUACUUUGGUGUCCUCGGGAGGAGAAAAUUCAACACUACGAAUGGAAACUGUCUUUUGAAAUGAUGUUUUCAGCAGAUGGAUUUACACUUUCCACAAAAUACUGAUAAUGCCAUGAA